AUGGAGGAACCAUUAACUGCUGCACCACCGGAAACACAUGUGAACAGAGUCAGUGUGGCAGCUAGUAUCACUAUAACACUGUUUGUACAUGGGGAGAACGAAUAGAUAGAGAAUCUGGAAACACGAGGGAAGGUAAAACCGGACGCACCAGUGUGCAAACUGUUAUUACUGGGGUGAGCAUAUGAGGAGUGCUGACUACUGUAACAAUCAUGGAUUCCCAGCACCAAGAAGAUGAUGAUGAUGCCAUGAAUGCAUUUAUGGACAAGUUUAAAGCCCAGAAGUACAAAGGGGCAUUCAAUGAGGAAAGCUGGGAGGAGGAAUUUGAAAACAUUCCCAUGUUCAUGAAGAAUGCGCCAUCUGAAAUUAAUCCAGAGAAAACCCCAGAGCUGGCUUGUCUACAGUCCAUACUGUUUGACAGUGAUCGGUCCCCAGAAGAACAAGCCAAGUCUUAUAAAGAUGAAGGCAAUGAAUACUUUAAAGAAAAAGAUUACAAGAAAGCCAUUACCUCAUACACCGAGGGCUUAAAGAAGAAAUGCGAGGACCCUGAGCUGAAUGCCAUACUGUACACCAAUAGGGCAGCCGCGCAAUUUUAUUUAGGUAAUAAUCGCUCUGCUCUCACGGAUGCCAUUGCAGCAAGAAAACUGAAACCAGACCACUUAAAAGCAUUGAUACGAGGAGCUUUAUGCUACAUAGAAAUAAAGAAUUACCCAGAGGCUCUGAACUGGUGUGAGGAGGGACUAAAAAUUAAUCCAACUGAAAAAAAAUUAUUGGAAACCAGAACAAAAGCUGAUAAACUGCAGAGAGCUGCGGAACGAGAUGCUAGAAAAAUGAAACAUGCAGAGAAAAAAAAGCAAUCCCAGAAGGAGUCUCUGUUUGAUGCACUGAGGGACAGAGGGAUACAGUUAUAUAAGCAGAAUCCUGGCGAGGAAGAGCGAUCGGAACUGUCGCAUGAUGGCAUCAGCUCUGAAAAUGCCAUGGGAGCGGAAGUAUUUCUGGAUGAGAAUGGUAGCCUGAACUGGCCGGUGCUAUUCUUUUACCCGGAGCACACACAGACAGACUUUAUAUCUGCUUUUCAUGAAAGCACCAGAUUUAUUGAUCAUCUGAAUGAAAUGUUUAAUGAAGAUUCACCCCCCUGGGACACUGAGAGAAAGUACCAAGCUCAGAAUCUUGUGGUUUAUUUUGAAGACGAAGAGUCGGAAUCCUUCUACCAGGUAGAUCCAGAGAAGACACUAUUGGAAGCCUUGCAGCACAAACGGUUUCGUGUGAAAGCAGGAAUGCCAUCGUUUUUAAUCUUCGUGAAAGAUUCAGCAUUUUGUAUCAAUUAUUUCUCUGGCCGGAAAGUUUACAAGUUUACCUGAGUUCAAGAAUUAUACUGCGUGGAGACCAAACUCUAUGGACUAAUGUUCUUCAUAAUGACGGUAUUUCCAACUGGAAUUAAAGAAGGAACAUUUACUUUUUACUCUGGGUCAUUCAGACCUGCAUCAAAACUUUUUUUCAAUUAAUAUCGUACAGAGCUGCAGAAUAUGUUGGCACUAUAUAAAUAAUUAUAAUCAUUCUGUUUGGUUUUGGGAUAUUUGAAAAAAAAUUAAAAAUGCACCA